AUGACUGAGAAUUUUACCAACAUGUCUAUCAUAACAGAAUUCAUGCUCAUGGGAUUCCCUGAUGACUGGUUGGUACAGAGACUCUAUGCCACACUCUUCCUGCUCAUCUACCUGGCAUCAGUGAUGGGGAAUCUCCUCAUUAUCACCCUCACUACAAUUGACCAGCAUCUCCAAGUUCCUAUGUAUUUCUUCCUGAAGAACUUGUCCUUGAUUGAUAUCUGCUUCAUCUCUGCCACUGCCCCUAAAUCCAUCAUGAACACUCUGACCAACACCAAUUCCAUCUCCUUCCUAGGAUGUGCCAUGCAACUUUAUCUUGUUCUUGUUUUUGGUGGUACAGAGUUUGCCCUCUUAAUAGUGAUGUCCUUUGACCGCUAUGCUGCCAUCUGCCAUCCUUUGCACUAUGAGGCUAUCGUGCAUAGAGAUGCCUGUGUGGAGAUGGUAACAGCAUCAUGGCUCAGUGGAUUGGUCUAUGGUUCCAUUCAUGUAGCAGGUACAUUCUCUGUCAGUUUCUGUGGGUCCAAUAUAUUGCAUCAAUUCUUCUGUGAUGUUCCAUCACUUCUUACACUUGCUUGUUCUGGGGAACAUAUUUUAGAAGAUGCAUUUAUUAUCCUUAGCUGUUGUUUUGCUUUUGUGUGUUUUAUUUUAAUGGUUGUUUCUUAUGUUCACAUUUUUUCCACUGUUCUAAGAAUCCCAACUGCAAAGGGCAGAAUAAAAACUUUUUCAACCUGCCUGCCCCACCUCACUGUGGUGACCUUGUUCCUAUUUUCAGGGAUUACUACAUAUUUAGCAAAAAAAUUCAAAUCUUCCUCACUGAAAUUGUUGAUGUCUGUGCUUUACACUGUGUUACCCCCUACCCUUAAUCCUCUCAUCUAUAGCCUGAGGAACAAGGACAUCCAGAUGGCAUUAGGAAAAGUGAUAGCUGAUAAACAUGCAAAAUAA